AGAUGUACAAUACAGAUGAGGAAAAGAAAGGAGUAACUUCCGCCCCCCAAAACCGGAAGUUGAUUGUUUCCUGAUGACUUCCGCCCUCCACCACCGGAAGUUUCUUUUCUUAUUUCCUCUUCUUUCUACUGUUGCUUAUGGCGGCAAACGGGCAGGGAGAGAAGCGCAGCGCGGAGGAGGCGGCCGGGGAGGAGCCGGUGCUGUCCCUGCUCGAUGUCCUGGAGGAGGAUGACGCCCUGGAGGACGAGGCCUGCGCCGUGCUGGGCGGGAGCGACGCCGAAAAGUGCUCGUACCCGGAGGGUUAUGUGAAGCGGCAGGCGCUGUAUGCGUGUAACACGUGCACCCCCAAAAACGAGGAGCCGGCUGGGAUCUGCUUGGCCUGCACCUAUAAGUGUCACGAGGGCCACCACUUGUUCGAGCUUUAUACCAAGAGGAACUUCCGUUGUGACUGUGGAAACAGCAAAUUCAAGCAGAUGGAGUGUAAACUGUUCCCGGAGAAGGAGAACGUGAAUGUAGGAAACAAAUACAAUGAGAACUUCUUUGGUCUGUACUGCACCUGUAAGAGACCGUACCCCGACCCAGAGGAUGAGAUCCCCGACGAGAUGAUCCAAUGCAUCGUGUGUGAAGAUUGGUUCCAUGGGAGGCACUUGGGAGCCAAUCCGCCUGAACACCUGGAGUAUCAGGAGAUGGUUUGCCCCUGCUGCAUGGGUCGCUGCUCCUUCCUCUGGGCUUACAGCAACAAGAUCGGAGUCCCUGUCGUCACCCAGAUCACUCCAGCGGAAGUCGAUCAGGAGGUAAAGAUUGAGGACUGUCCAGAGGACACCAGCACGGUGCAUAAUGGUCCCAGUAUAAAGAGCGAGGAGGAGACCGCCCCGUCCACCAGCUGUGACCAGAAACCCAUAAAUGGCGACGUCUCCUUGAAAACAGAAAUGAAAUCAGAAGCCAAACCCUGCAAACUGCAAGAAUAUCAAGAAUAUCAGAAACCCAGAGAAAAUGCAGCCACCUACUGGCCGAGCAACUGGCGGCGUAAACUGUGCCGCUGCGAGACGUGCAUGAAAAUGUACAAAGAGCUGGAAGUUCUGUUCCUGUUAGAUGAAUGUGACACCGUUCAGGCCUAUGAGCACAAGGGGAAGUCCGAGGAGGAGCAGGAGAGCAGCGACCCCCUGAUGACCGCGCUCGGCACUAUGAACCGCAUCCAACAGGUGGAGCUCAUCAGCGAGUAUAAUGACCUGAAGACGGAGCUGAAGGAUUAUCUGAAGAAAUUUGCAGAAGAAGGAAAGGUGGUCCAGACCCAAGACAUCCAGAAGUUCUUUGAAGAUCUUCGUUCUCGGAAGAGGCAGCGGGUGGACGCGAUGCAGUAUUAUUGUAGCUAACGGGACAGAUAAAAUCACCGUCUAUUAUAGACAGCAGACGUCUCUGCCCAGCCCCCGUCGUGUUUUUAAUUCCUUUUUUUUUUU